CAUCUUUGACGCAACUUUGGGGCAUCUUUGACAGUGGCUCCAAACUUAAAAAUCUACUGCUCUAAUUAACAAUGUCAGUACAGUAAUUUACCGACGAGAAAAACCCACAUAUAUUGCACUUGUAAUACAACCUUCCCAUAUUGCACCUUGUGUCAAAUAUUCUAUGUAAGCAAAAUUCUCGGGAUAUUAAAUACAAGUCUUCAAUUUUGUAGCAAGAAAAAAUCUUCAAUGGAAUAUUAAUAAAAGAGGAGUGGUUGCUCCGCUAGGUUAUGCAUCAUAUGAAAAAAAAAAAAAAAAAAAAAAAAAAAAAGUGAAUUGAACAUGCCGUUAAAAAAGUUUAACUAUGAGAAAAGUUUGGCUACCACUGAUAAAAAAAUAAAAGUAUAAGUUUACCAUUGAAAAUUUGCUUUUAAAUUAUUAUAAUAAAAAUAAAGUGAAUAAAACAUGCCGUUAAAUAUUUAACAUGAUAAACCCUUAGAAUAAAAAAAAACCUAAAAAAGUAAAAAGUGAAAGAACCCAUAGAAGUGGGGAAUGGGGACAUUGGAACAUUCUUUCAUUCCUUUUCGCGCGUUUGUCUUGAAUUCCUCACCUCACACCUACACAUUACACAACACCAUUUAUAACCGUCUUCCUCUGUUUUCAUCUCCAUUUUUCUGCCAUUUUUCCCGCUUUUCAAGGUUUUCUCUCUUCUCCAACCUUCAACCAUGAAUUCUCCUGCUACUUCUUCUUCUUCCUCACGCUUCUUCUCUUCAAUCCCUUCUCUCAAACCCCCUUCUUCAUCCUCCAUUACUCCUACUCGAUUACCCUUUUCCAAUUCUACCCUCAAUUUCCCUCUCCUCAAGACCACCCCUAAAUAUUUCAUAAACCCUAAUUCUUCCUCUUCAUCCUCCGUUUGUGCCGCCGCAAUUACCUCGACUCCGGUGCCGGAAACCUCCGACCUCGCUGCAUCGAAAUUUGAUAGGUUAAUUGCAGAAUUUCUCCCGUUGACUGACCCCGUUGACCGGGUGAAGCAUUUGCUGACUUACGCGGCGAAGUUUCCGCCGUUAGAUGAGGAGAAUCGGACGGCGAAGAAUCGUGUGAUGGGGUGCACGACACAAGUCUGGGUUGACGCGAAGCUUGACGAAGAAGGGAGAAUGAGAUUCAUGGCGGAUAGUGAUUCUGAGCUGAGUAGAGGGUUUUGUGGGUGUUUAAUCUGGGUUUUGGAUGGCGCUUUUCCUGAGGAAGUGUUGGAUUUUAAGAUUGAAGAUUUAGGGUUGUUGAAUUUUGGGGGAAUUUCUGGGGGAGUUAAUUCUAGGGUUAAUACUUGGUAUAAUGUUUUGAUUAGUAUGCAGAAGAAGACUAAAUUUCUGGUUGCUGAAAAAGAUGGGAAGGUUUUUGGUGAACCUUUUCCUUCUAUGGUUAUUUCAGCUGAUGGAAUUACUGCUAAAGGUGGCUUUGCUGAAACGCAGGCAAGAUAUUUGUUCCCUGAUGAAUCACAAGUCAAUGAUCUUGUCAAACAUCUCAAAGAAAAGAACAUUGGCAUUGUUGCACAUUUCUAUAUGGAUCCUGAGGUCCAAGGUGUCCUAACUGCAGCCCAAAAGCAGUGGCCACACAUCCAUAUAUCAGACUCAUUGGUUAUGGCUGAUAGAGCUGUCAAUAUGGCUAAAGCUGGAUGCCAAUUUAUUGCUGUUCUUGGUGUAGAUUUCAUGUCGGAAAAUGUCCGUGCAAUCCUUGAUCAGGCUGGCUAUGACAAGGUUGGUGUUUACAGGAUGUCUGAUGAACGAAUUGGUUGCUCAUUGGCUGAUGCUGCAGCUACAACAGAAUACAUGAAAUAUCUUGAGAUUGCCUCUUUGUCACCACCUUCACUGCAUGUGAUCUAUAUUAAUACUUCAUUGGAGACAAAAGCUCAUGCUCAUGAGCUUGUGCCAACAAUAACAUGUACAUCUUCCAAUGUGGUGCAAACAAUUUUGCAGGCAUUUGCACAGAUUCCUGACCUGACGGUGUAUUAUGGACCGGAUUCCUACAUGGGUGCCAAUAUCGCAGAGUUGUUUCAGCAGAUGGCCUUGAUGUCAGAUGAAGAAAUUUCAGCAGUACAUCCACAACAUAACAGAAACUCAAUCAGAUCUUUGCUUCCACGCUUACAAUACUUCCAGGAUGGUACAUGCAUUGUACAUGACCUUUUUGGACAUGAUGUUGUAGAGAAGAUAAAUGACAUGUACUGUGAUGCAUUCCUUACUGCCCAUUUUGAGGUCCCUGGAGAAAUGUUCUCUUUGGCUAUGGAAGCAAAAAGACGAGGAAUGGGGGUAGUUGGCUCCACCCAGAACAUAUUAGAUUUCAUAAAACAGAGACUACAAGAGGCUCUGGAUAGAAAUAUUGAUGACCAUCUUCAAUUUGUUCUGGGGACAGAAUCAGGAAUGAUUACUUCCAUUGCUGCUACAGUGCGUGCAAUGUUGAUGUCCACAAAACCUUCUCCGAAGAGAGCUGAUAUUAGUGUUGAGAUAGUUUUUCCUGUAUCAUCGGAUUCAGUAUCAAACACAAAAAAUACUUCAUGUGGCAGCUCUAAUUUAACAGGAGUUGAAGAUCCAGUAAAUCUUACUGUUGUACCUGGAGUUACAAAUGGUGAAGGGUGCUCCAUCCAUGGGGGAUGUGCAUCCUGUCCAUACAUGAAGAUGAAUUCUCUAAGCGCCCUUCUUAAAGUUUGCCAAAACCUGCCAAAUGAUAGGCAUGUUCUCUUUGCUUAUGAAGCUGGAAGAUUUAGUUCUCAGACAGUGAAUGGAAGAUCAAUAGCUGAUGUUGGAUGUGAACCAAUUCUUCACAUGAGGCACUUUCAGGCACACCGAGAACUGCCAGCGAAGCUAAUUCAUCAGGUUUGCCGAUCAUCUGUAAAUGGGAAGCCAGCAUUAUAAGAUGUAACGAACUUUGUCAUAUGCGGUGGCUGUCAGAUUGGUGCGGCUGCUCAAUGGAUGGCUUCAUAUGCAAUUUUGUCAGAUGAUGAUUUAUAUCCAACUUACCUGCUGCAAAAGAGGAACUUAUGACUGUUGCUUGGUUCUGUAACCCUUCCCCUCUUCCUUUUGGGUUGGUACUUGUGUAGUUGUGUUGAUUAUUGUUACCUUCAUACCUUAAAAUAGUCCAGUCUUAGAAUUCUAGGAACAGAAUGAGAGAUAUACCGGGCAAUGUGUUGUACAUAUGAUUACACUCAUGUCUGAAUUAUCAAAUACACAAUUCUGGGCAUUUUCCCCAAUAAUUAAAUGAUUCCUCAAGGUUCUAAUGCAAAGGAAAGUUAUCAGACCCAAUAGUAUAUUUAAACAGGAAAAUUUUCUCUUUGGAUACCUUAUAUUUUGGUUGAUCUACUAUGGUGCCGAGGUCAAUAAAGCUGUUCCAAUUUGGAAUCAUUCAUAUCUAAUUUUAUCUAAAUUGCCCAAAGUAUCAUUUUUGCUUAAUAUUUUUCCUUUUUUUUUUUUUCUCUUUUUUCAUAAAUACCUUGGCAAUCUGUUCCUAGGUGAUAAUGAGAAAUAUUUUGUGGACAUAAAACUUUGAAACAUUUUUUUUACCACUUUAUGGGUGAUGUUCAA